UCACCAUGUGAAGAGCUUGCACCACCUAAGAAUGGAGCCAAAGCGUGUGAAACGUGGUUGGCUGGGCUUAUGUGCACGGUACAUUGUAAUAACGGAUAUGGAUUUGCAAACCAACCGCAUCCCGUAUAUUUCUGUCGUCCUACUACUGGAGAAUGGUUGCAUGAAGGGGACAACAAAGGGAAAAAACCAUCCCUUCCUGAUUGCUCAAGUAAGGAACUGCAAUACAAGAGUCAACUUUCUUUAAUUUAAGAUGGACUUGACCGUUGUGAUCGGAGACUGGACAACAGCAGGGACCAACUUUAGGGGUACUUACCAUUUACAUUCGGGGAACUGGAAACAUACGGGGAACCGAUCCCUUUGAAAAAUCUACUUGUGCGCGCCAUUCCGUUUGGGAAACUCCAGAAGAUACUGGCUUUUUUGAUGCGAUGCGAUUUUUCUACUCUUUUUAGGAUUUCAGAUGGUAUGGAUAUACUUUGUGGGGAUCGUUUUUCCUUGAUAUAAAAUUUAAUGGUUUUUGUAAAUGGCAAGCACCCCUAGUGUCUAUUUUAGAGAGAUGUUAGUCUGAUAGAAGUUUUCGUUAAGAGAGAGUUCAGUGAGAGUUGACUUUAUUAAUCUUAACUCUCAUCUUCAACUUUUCCCGUAUCGCAUAACUGAUGGGCUUAAUUAAGGUCUGCUAAAAUCAAGGACCGUAGCUUAAACGCAGUAUUUUUUUUCGUAAAGGCGCCUACAUUACAGGUAAGCAAUUAACAUCUGAAUAUCGGUUUACUCAACAAGGGUAACCAAGGUCAUUAGCUAACGCAUGUCUUUGUUGGGAAAGAGGUUUAGUUGUGAUUGGACGGUUAAUGUUCACUUGGGUGCCCCACCUCAUUGAGUUUGUUAAGUCAUAACCUAUUAAUUUUUUCAAUUAUUUUUCUCCAUAAUAGAGACACACAUACCCAAAAGUGCUUUGGUGAACGGGCAAUACCACUAUCUCACUGACAAUUGUGGCGGAGAAGGAAUGAGAGAAGAGAUCGCAAGGAACUUCAUAGAACUUUUAAUGACAACAUCGUUUGGUCAAGCUGGAGCUUGUAGUGACGUCUCUCAGUGUAAUAUUCAAAACGUCAAGGUCGAAUGUGGCGUUACAACUCGUCGAAAAAGAGAUACGACUAGUAACCAAAAUACGACGACAAUUCCUUUGACUAUUAGCUUUUCGUUACAAAUUCCUUUAUCUGGCGAUCUCAACACCUCUGUGGAUAUAAACCAGACAUCCGUCCAAAUUUCGAAGGAAGUACUAACUGUUCUGAGCAAAGUCGAUAUGACUUUGAAUGUCAGUGGAAUGGUUAUACGUACAGAUCCUUCAAAACCUCCACAAUUUCAGCUCUCUCGUCUGGUUUGUGAAGAGGGGCAAGUACAGAGUGGAGUGAUGUGUGGUAAG